AUGCUCAAGAUCUCCAACAAUUCACAACACACUGAUGUUGAAACAUUCGAAAUCGAUGAUGGAAAAGGGCCGAUAGCGGGGCUACGGGCAAAGGACGCAAUGUUACAAAGAAAAGCACUUUUCCGAUCGAUUGUACUAUUGUUAUCAGCGAGUGUAUUGACAAUAACGCUGGGAGCACUUCUUACAAGACUCGACGGGGCGACUAGAUAUGCACCAAAACUCCAAUUUUUCGACCAUAUACCACAUCAUGGAAAUUGGACUGUAUCCGACCCGGUGCCAACUUCAACAAGAACCCCGGGAAUCCGGGCUUUUAUGCGAGAUCCUUCGGAAUAUGUCCUGUCGCCGCCAGAUUGGAGUCGAAUCCGGAUCCGCCCGAAGGUGAAGGAAUACAAUUGGACUAUCAGCGAUGUCAAUGCCAACCCGGAUGGCGUUAUGAGGCCUAUGAUUCUCAUAAACGGUCAAUUUCCAGGCCCAUUAAUAGAAUGCAAUGAGGGGGACACUGUAAAAGUAACCAUUCACAAUGGGGCAGUAAAUGCGACCGCGUUUCAUUGGCAUGGCUUGUUUCAUAAUGGGAGCAAUUGGAUGGAUGGCACUACGGGCGUGACACAAUGCCCUAUCCCACCUGGGGAAAGUUUCACCUAUGAGAUCAAGACGGAUGGACAAUAUGGAACUUAUUGGUAUCAUUCACACUUUUCAACACAGUAUAUCGACGGGUUGUUUGGUCCGUUGGUAAUUCAUUCGCCCAAAGAGCCGGGUCGGGAUCGGUAUAAAACCGACCAAGUGGUUAUGCUCCAUGAUUAUUAUCAUGAUCUCAGUAGAAAUAAGCUAUAUGAGUAUCUAGCGCCUGAUGCAGAAAAUGCGGAACCAAUUCCGGACGGCGCCCUGAUUAAUGGCAGGAAUAGGCAAAACUGCUCGAAAAUCGACAAAAAAUAUAUUUGUGAUAGUACGGAUAGUAGACUUGCGGAGAUAAAAUUGAUGAGAGGAGUUGCGCAUCGCCUCAGGUUCAUUAAUGUCGGUGCUUUCGCAGAGUUCGAAAUGGGCAUUGACGGACAUACUAUGGAGGUAAUCGAAGCAGACGGAACAUCUUUGGUGCCUAAUUCGUACCAUAGACUCAAUAUCAAUGUGGCACAGAGGUACAGCGCAAUUAUUCACGCCAACUCGACCGAAGCUUCUGAAUUCUGGUUAAGGGCUAGAAUGAUCAAUCAUUGUUUUUCAGACCCAGAUGCCGUCGUUGAGCCUGAAGUUAGAGCUAUUGUUCAAUACACUCAGGGAAAGUCGAAGGAAGGCUCGUCUAUGCCCACUGCGACUGCUGAGACGAAACGGGUGCUCCCGACAACGACGCCGUGGGAUCGUGAGAUUGCGGUUGUGUGUCAAGAUCUGGAUGGGAAACUGGAGCCUAUCGACUCCAUCGUUGCGCCGGAGCCAGAUCAACUUUUCUACCUUAGGAGCAAUUUUCAGAUUGGGAAUUAUUCACUGAGCCGAGGGUUUUUCAACGGCUCGUCGUGGAAACGGAACUUAACCAGUCCGGCGCUAAAUAGAGUCACUAUUCCGAGAAACAAGAUACUAGGCGACAUCGAUACCGAUGACGUAAUGAAGGACGUAUUUAAUGUCGACAAGGGAAUGGUCUUGAAAGUCGAUGGAGUUAAGGUUGUAGACCUGCUUAUCGACAACUACGACGAUGGUAACCAUCCUAUGCACCUUCAUGGUCAUAAAUUCUGGAUUAUGGCCCAAGGGAAUGGUUAUUUUAAUGCAUCGGAUUAUUCCACGGUUCCCCGAGAGGGGCGUUUGCUCAGAGAUACGGUCACAAUCGAGGCGUAUGGGUAUGUCUUGAUUAGAUUCGUCACUGAUAACCCUGGAAUGUGGGCAUUCCAUUGUCACAACGUCUGGCACGCUGAAGCCGGCCUACUCAUGUCGUUUUUUACUCGACCAGAUAUCGUUAAAGAAUGGUCCCUUCCACCAGAUCUUGUUGGGUUCUGUUCGCAUCCAAAUGCAACAAAUGGGUUUUUUGAUGAUAUCAAGGAAGUUGUACCUCUGGAAUGGAGGCAUGAAAAUGGCGAGGAUUAA